AUACAACUAGCAAUCAAUCAGUCAUUUAUGUGUUGAUCGUUAUAAUGGGAAAUAAGAUCUCUUGUUGUAAAGCAAACAGUCCUCAAACGCACCGCAAGAAACACCACUCAGAGGCCCAUCACGUGGUGAUCGACGACAACCACCUCAACGAUAGGGUCGGACCUAAUUUGCAGCACAUCAGCGAACGAGAGCCCGAAGACAAUGAGACCGACCCCUCCUCUCAUCCGACCGCUGGACCUCUUUUUAUGCAAAGAUCUCGAAGUGAUAUCAGAUGCCACAGAAAAAGCCAAAUAAAUUUACUAGAGUCGCGUCCGCUCAAGAAAUCCAGUUCCUGUUCGACCAUAUAUUUAGACGACAGUACUGUUAGUCACCCGAACCUGAAGAACACCAUCAAA